AUGCCGCCAAAGCAGGUCUAUGGGAAGCGCACAGUAGCGAAACCCUCGGCGACCUAUACCAAAUUUAUCAGCCCUAGUAAAGACGUCGACGCUCCGAGAAAGCAGGAUACAGAAGUCGAGCAACGCAAAGCGAAAAGGGCAGCGAGGAGCAGGGAUGCGGUGAAAAAGACCAAGAAAGAGGCGGAUGUUGGUAGUUUGGUGGGGGAGUUGAAUGGGCUAGAGAUUAAGGACGAUGUUGUCCUAGCUGAGAUAAACCCCAACCAGCCGAUCCAGACAAGUCAGAGUACCAGAAAAAUUGUACCAUUGAAGGGACGUAAGAAGGCGGGAAAGGGUUUGAUCCGGAAAGAGUCGACUGGUAACAGCAGUGAUCCACCGCAGUUGAAAGAGAAGGAAGAGACAGCUCUUGCGGAAUGCUUCAACGGCCUACGCAUCAGCAAAAACGAUGGGGACCCAAACGAGGCACCUUGUGAGCGAACAGAAAGUGUUCCAAUCACCCGAGAAGUUCCUACAAGAUCAAGCCCAAGGAAGAGAAUCGAAGUCGCGACAAACCAAGAGCAAACAGCCAAACCCAAACAACGGGCGGAUCAGCAAACAAUACCAGAAACACCGACACGUGCCCGCAAUUCGAACGCGGCGGUAAAGACUGCAUCCAAACCAAUGCCACAACUUUCUACUUCGGAACCAGUAAAAGACCCUAAAGACCCCUACACAUCCUACGUAUCGCCGUUACUGUCGCUUCAGAGCUAUGGGAGAGCCAUUUUACCGUUCAAGGAAUGGUCAUGCUCGAUUGAACCGCAUUUCACCGUUAGCAAGAUCGCUGAAGCUUCCUUCUCGGAAGUAUAUCGACUGUCAGCCACAAACACGGCAUGUAGAUCGCUCAGGGAAUCGGUCUUGAAACUUGUGCCAUUGAAAAGUGCUCCUAAUGCGCCCCUCAGAAACAGCUUACAAUCGCGAGCAUCCCGAAAUCCAGACGUCCAAGCUCAAAUGGAAAGGGAUGCGCGAGAAGAAGACGAUUCGUGGAAGUCGCAUGUUGACGAUGUGCAUUCGGAGGUCAAGCUCCUCCAGAACCUCAACUACAUCCCAGGUUUUACCAUCUUCCGCGAGCUUACUGUGCUUCAAGGGCGCCCUUCAAAAGCCUUUACCGACGCAUGGAAGGCAUGGAACAAAGCGAGGCCGCGAGGGAAGAAGAGCGAGUUUCCGGAUCCAAGCAAGAAGGCGAGUUACGACGAUACCCAGCUUUGGGCCGUCAUCGAGAUGCAAGACGCUGGCACAGAUGUCGAGAAGGUCAUGGAUAAGGGUGGGUUGAGCACCGUAUGGGAGAUAUGGGAUGUUUUCUGGGGCGUGUGUUUGAGCGUCGCAAAAGCUGAGGAGGCAUGCCGCUUCGAGCAUCGCGAUUUGCAUCUGGAGAAUAUCUGCAUAAGAUCAUCGCGGACGGAAGCGAACGAAGACCUUAUGAAUCCCAUCGUCAAGGGUCCACUAACACGAAAGCUCGGCUUCACUGGGCUCGAGACUACAGUCAUCGACUACACUCUUUCACGAGCGGACGUCUCCUCGUCUGCAUCUCGACGCUCGUCAUCGAUUACGGAUGUUUCUUCAGCCUCGCCAUCUUCCCCUUGUGACCCAUCCACACCUUUAGGCGUCGCCUACCUCGACCUCGACAAAGACAUGGGUCUCUUCACCGGCGACGCCUCGCAAGAAUACCAAUACGAAAUCUACCGCUACAUGCGCGGCGCCGUCCUCUACAACGACCCUCUCAAGUCGGAGCCUUCGACAAAAAGCGGCCUCGACCCCGAUCAGCUCCGUCCCUCUCCACGAAAGACGCCGCAGCACAUCCGCUUCGACGACCCCGACCCAUCAUCACCGCGCACCUCCCCCCCCGGAAACAAACCAUCAAAACGCCCUGCGACCCACCCCCCCGACAUCUGGCGCUCUUUCCAUCCCAAAACGAACCUCGUCUGGGCGCACUUCAUCCUACACAAGCUCCUCGCGCAUCUAGAUGGCAACGAGCCAUCCAACCUAUCCAGCACGCAGGUCAUACGCAACGUGGAAGCUAGCAGCGAAGAGAAGAGCAAAGUAGUAAGGAAAGCGCUGAAGCUGUACAAGGUGUUGGAAAGGGUUGCAGAGCUUUUAGAGCCCUUUGCGCUGGCGAAGACGGACAGUCUGGGGAGCAUGAAGGAACUUGCUGUGUUGGCGAUGGAGGAGAGGUGGUUGAGGGUUAGCGAUGUUGCGGGUGCGUGA